AUCUGCUAACCAGUAGGCACAGCUAUCAGCAUCACCUGUGAAUCUCACACUGCUCACUUUACUCUGUUUGAGAACAGACUUUUAGUCUGAAUCAAUUGAAAGGAUGAAGCCUAUCGUGGUCUUUCUUGUGUUGUCCAUGGUCGUCCUCAUGGCUGAACCUGGAGAGUGUAUUAUUGGACUGAUUAUAAAAGGAGUCACUCACGUUGGCGGAUGGAUCCAUAGGCUCAUCAAAGGCCGUGAACGUGAUGUCUUUGAUGAGCAGGAAGAGCAGCGAGACAAACGUUCAAUCAAUUACAACCCAGGGCGGCCUGGUUUUGACUAACGGGGCCCCUUUGAAAUAUGUUUUGAAUGAAAAAAAAUGUGUGUUGCAUUUCCGCCUAUAAAUAUUGACCCUCCAGGGCAACUGAUAUAUACAACAUUGGUGAACAUAUAUCUUUGCAUUGAUAUAUUGUUUUGGGAAAUUUGAACGAAUUUUGGAAUUUCAAAUAAAUCUGCUUUGC